AUAAGAACAAUGAAAAUCACAUUACAUGAUAUACAUAACCUAAGAUUCUUACAAACACAUUAAGAUUUCUUGAUUUCUCAUUCAAUGUCAUCGCAGCUUUUAACGCUCUUUCUUCUUCUAUCUGCUGUUGCGAUCCCUGUCGUGACUAGCAGACAAUGGUGCAUGGCCAUGCCGAAUGCCACAGGAGAACAAUUACAAGCUAAUAUUGAUUAUGCUUGUAGCCAGAAUGUUGAUUGUACACCGAUCCAACCAGGUGGAACUUGCUAUGAACCUAACACGUUAUUAGACCAUGCGUCGUUUGCCAUGAACGCAUAUUAUCAAAGCCAUGGUCGUAUCGAAGAUGCUUGUAGGUUCGGCCGUACUGGUUGUUUUGUUUUCAUCGACCCAAGUAAUGGUUCAUGUAUCUACUACACUUAAAAAUAAGUAUGUUUAUGGAUUGCGUUACGUACUAAUUAUUAAUUUCCGGAUAGCUUUUGUUUUUUAUAAUAUUCGGAUGUUGUAUCCCCAAACUAAAGAUAUUUCAAUAUAAUGGAUGUUCAAUGCUCGUAGUGAUCUGAUAUAUAUUAUUGUAAUGUGAUUAUUAAGGCAUGAGAAUUUGAGAUGGUUGUGGAAUAAUGUCAAUUAUUGUUGAAACA